AUGAUUCAUUUUACCUUUGAUGGCUGGACUUCCCGACAAAACACAUCAUUCCUCGGUAUCAACGCCCACUUUAUCGACCAAGAUUGGAACCAAUGGGAAUCCUCUUGGCUUUGCCGGCUCUCGCGAAACGCCAUACUGGAGCAGCGCUUGCAGAUGAAGUUGCAGAUACAAUAUGCGCGUUUGGUCUUGAAGACAGAAUCGGGUACUACACGCUUGACAACGCUACGAAUAAUGAUACGGCUGUGGAAGCGCUUGCCGCUGAGUUCGAUUUCGACAGGAAGAGCGUCGCAUCCGCUGCGCCCUCAUUUUCUGAACCUGGCCGACUUUGUGGCUGAAGAGGAAGAGCAGCGCCAGUUGUCCGACGCUAUCAAUGAGCUGGCGACCGACGACGACUUCUGUGUGCCGAGCAUGGAAGAAGGAUUCGAGGUUGAAACAGUCCCAGAAGGCAGUCAGGAUCAGGACGUACUGCCCGACAUCAUCAAUGGCGAAGAAGUGGACAAGUACCGCAAGUUUGGGCCAUUUGGCAAACUUCACAAUAUUGGCAUUGCUCUUCGAACGAGCAGUCAACUUCUCGAGGUCUUUUACGAAGCUCAACGGCAAACCGCUCCUACUGAACCUAUUCUUACGUGGGUUCAAAACGUCUGCACUCGCUGGAUGUUUUCCAUCAUCGAGGAACGAUGGCUUGGCAAAGGCGGCAAAGAACAGGACAAACCAGCGAUACUGAAAGAACAACUUUCCCUUGAAGAAUGGAAGGUCGUUGUUGCGGUUCAGAAGAUCCUUCAGCCAUUCAAGAUCGCCUCGAAGCAACUCCAGGGCGAGGGUAUUGCUGGUAAACGCUCCACGUCAGGAGGGUUCGAUGAGUAG